AUGUUGACGUUCGAACCAAUCAGUCGAAUAGCUGUUGUCAAAUGUUUGGGACCACGUUUAGUUUUAUUCUUUAAAACAUUUGCUUUAUUCUAUGUUCUUUAUCCGAAAUAUGAGUCGACUGUGGGUUAUUGUGUUUUCAAAUGUGCACCUAUUUUAUCACUUGUUGCAUUUGUUUAUAUGUAUGGGGUUAAGAUACCAAACAAUCAAGCCUAUUCUUUAAAAAUUUUUCUUGGUCUUCUAUUCUCUUGUUUAGGCGAUGCAUUUUUGGUAUGGCCUAGUCUUCUUAUUCCUGGCAUGGCUAUGUUUGCCAUUACACAUAUAUUAUACAUUUACGCAUUUGGUUUUCAGCGUUUAAAACUAUCUAUAUUGUUCACUUUACUACCAAUACUUCUCUGUGUAUGUGUUUCUAUAAAAGAAGGACUAGACGGUAUCAAUACACUUGUUAUUCCAGCUUAUGGAUUAAUAUUAGUAAUUAUGGUAUGGCGUGCAUUAGCCCAAUUAACUAAACAUGAAUAUUCUAUACCAUGGACAUGUAUAGCUUCUGCCGUUGGUGGAUUACUAUUUGGUGUAUCUGAUACUAUAUUGGGAAUUUGUUUAUUCUCUAGUGAUAUAUCGUCAUUUAAAUGUAAUUUAAUUUUACCAACGUAUUAUGCUGGUCAGUUGUUGAUUUCUGUAUCUGUUGUUGAUAGCCAUUUAACAUCAAUAAAAACGAGUCCAUAUCAUGAAGAUAAAAAGCAGUAG